AUGCGCUCUCUAGCCACACGAGCUGCUGCGCUGCCGCCCCUGCUGCUGCCCCUGCUGCUGCUGCUCCUGCUGCAGCCGUGGCAGGGGCGGCGGGGAGCGUGGGCGCAGAGCUGCGACGGCGGCGUUCCCGAGGACCGCCGCGAGGACUGCCACCCGGAGCCUGGCGCCAGCGCCGAGUCGUGCGCCGAGCGCGGCUGCGCGUGGUGCCCGGCCACCGCCGCCGCGCCGGGCGCCCCGUGGUGCUUCCGCCCCAACUCGGCGGGAGCCGCCGGCUGCCGUGCGGUGUCCGACGCCGCCAAGCGCGACUGCCACCCCGAGGCGGGCGCCGCGGAGGGCGCCUGCCUCGCCCGCGGCUGCUGCUGGGCGGUGGUGGAAGCCCCGGGGGUGCCGUGGUGCUUCCACGAGCCGGGCGGCGCCUGCGACAGCGACCAGCUGGUGGAGGACGCAGAGCGCGUGGACUGCCACCCGGAGAAGGGCGCCUCGGAGGCCGCCUGCCUCGCCCGCGGCUGCCGCUGGUGCCCGGCGAGCGCCGCGGGCGCCCCGUGGUGCUUCAUCCCCAGGGACGGCUCCUACGGCUACGCCAUGCGGGGAGCCCCGCAGAAGACGGCCAAGGGCUGGAGGGUGGACCUGCAGAAGCUACACAGCAGCAGCCUGUUCGGGGCCGACGUCGAGAUCAUCGCUCUCGAGGCGGAGUUCCACACAGCUGACCGCCUACGCAUCAAGGUGUUUGACCCCAGCCAGGCUCGCUUCGAGGUGCCGCUGCACGUGCCGUCGCCGGACACGGCCGCAGCGGCGCAGCAGUACGACGUCCGCUUUGAGAACUCACCCUUCUUCCACUUCAAGGUGCUCCGCAGGAGCAGCGGAGAGGCCCUGUGGGACACCUCCCUGGGCGGCCUCACCUUCUCGCACCAGUUCCUGCAGCUGGCCACGCGACUCGGGGCCGGCUCCUCCGUCUACGGCUUCGGCGAGCACGAGCACCCCAGCUACCGGCACCACGACGACUUCGUCAGCCACGGGAUGUACGCACGCGACCAGUCGCCCACGCCCGCAGGCAACUUGUACGGAGUGCACAACUUCUACAUGGGCGUGGGGUCCGACUUCAGGGCCCACGGAGUGCUGCUGCUCAACUCCAACGCGCAGGAUGUGACGCUGGCGCCGGGGCCGGCCAUCACCUACCGCACCAUCGGUGGGGUCCUCGACUUUUACUUCUUCCUGGGCCCCACGCCGGAGAGCGUGGUGCAGCAGUACACCGAGGCUGUGGGCCGCCCGUUCUUGCCGCCCUACUGGUCGCUGGGCUUCCAGCUCUCGCGCUGGGGCUACGGCAGCCUGGAGGCUGUCAAGGCCGCCGUGGACAGACUCAGCCAAUACGACAUCCCGCACGACGUGCAGUACGGAGACAUCGACUACAUGGACCGCCAGCUGGACUUCACGUACGAUACCACGAGCUACGAGGGCCUGCCCCAGUACGUGCAGUCGCUCCGUGACGCCGGCAUGCACUACGUCAUCAUCCUGGACCCGUGCAUCACCAAGGAUGAGCCGCCGGGCUCCUACCGGCCCUACGAGCUGGGCCAGCAGAUGGGCAUCUGGAUCAAGAACUCGGACGGAUCGCCCGCUGUGGGCAAGGUGUGGCCUCCGGGGGGCUCGGUGUUCCCCGACUUCACGAACCCCGCCACGGCGUCCUGGUGGGUGCAGCUGUGCGUCGAGUUCAGCGACGUCAUCAAGUACGACGGCAUCUGGAUCGACAUGAACGAGCCGGCCAACUUCGGCACGGGACAGGAGCCGGGCUGCGCCAACAACCCCCUCAACAAGCCGCCAUACCAUCCGCGGAUUUCUGGCGACGACCUGGCCGAGAAGACGUUGUGCCCGGACGCGCACACCCACCUGGGCCGCCACUACGACACGCACUCGCUGUUCGGCUGGGCACAGCACGAGCCCUCCUUCCACGCCUCCCAGAAUGCAACGGGCAAGCGCGCCUUCGUGCUGAGCCGCUCCACAUUCGUGGGCAGCGGCCGCUGGGCGGGCCACUGGCUGGGCGACAACUUCUCGCUCUGGAGGGACAUGCACAUGUCCAUCAUCGGCAUGCUUGAGUUCAACAUCUUCGGCAUUCCCUACAUCGGCGCUGACAUCUGCGGCUUCAUCUACGACACCACCCACGAGCUGUGCCUGCGAUGGAUGCAGCUGGGCGCCUUCUACCCCUUCUCCCGCAACCACAACGGCCUGGGCUACAAGGCAAGGCCAGCUCCAUGCUCCCAGCCCCCUCUCACAGCUCCCUGCCCCAUUCCCUGGCCACUGCUCCCUGCUCCCAGCUCCCUGCUCCCAGCUCCCAGCUCCCUACUCACGCUCCCAGCUCCCAGCUCCCUACUCACGCUCCCAGCUCCCAGCUCCCUACUCACGCUCCCAGACCAAGACCCCGGUGUGUUCGGGCCGGAGUUUGCCGAGGCGGUGCGCUCGGUGCUGCUGGUGCGCUACACGCUGCUGCCCUUCCUCUACUCGCUCUUCCACGAGACGCACACGCGGGGGGGCACCGUCGUGCGGCCCCUGCUGCACGAGUUCGUCACGGACGUGCAGACUCACGGCGUCGACCGUGCGUUCCUCUGGGGCCCGGCGCUGAUGGUCGCGCCCGUGCUUAGCGAGGGCGCCACCACGGUGGAGGUUUACUUCCCGGACGCGCGCUGGUACAGCUACUACACGGGAGAGGAGGUGCCCGCGUCGUGGCGCCGCUCGUCGGCCCGCGUCGCCGCGCCCCUGGACCGCAUCCCCCUCUUCCUGCGCGGGGGCUUCGUCGUACCCACCCAGGAGCCCGCCAAGACCACCACGCACAGCCGCGUGAACCCGAUGGGGCUGAUCGUGUCUCUGGACGAGAACCUGGAGGCUCGCGGCUCCCUCUUCUGGGACGACGGCGACUCCAUCGGGACCAUCGAGAGCGGGAACUUCUUCCUGGCCAGCUUCGCCUUCACGGGCAAUCGUCUGACGAGCACGGUGGAGCGCGCCGGCUACGCGGCGGGCCUGGCCUUCCAGACGGUGCGCGUGCUGGGCCUGCGCUCGCCGCCGGCGUCGGGCGGCGUGACCGUCAACGGGAGCCCUCUGCCCCCCUCCGACGUCGCCUUCCAGCCCAGCGGGGAACUCACUCUGAAGAUCUCCGUGCCCAUCACCACUCCGCUGAACAUCGCCAUCAACUGAGGCCGACCCCAAAUGGCUGGCCGUCGUCUUUCUACCCCCACCGCCGCCCCCCCCACCCCCCUCUCUCCGCCGUGACCUCGUGACUUUGUGACCUCAUGACACGACCCGCUGUAUCGCCGCUCGCUCGUGGAAAUAAAAAAAAUUGGUUGAAACGUUAAAGG